CUUAAGUACACUCUGUUUCUCACGUACACCACCGUCUUAAACUGAAUGCCGAGUAGUAGCUUCAUACAGUGCAUCCAGAUAUCAUUCAUCGAUCUAUCUCACGGUGUGUCAGUAUCAAGCUCAUAUGUUUUACACACUUGGAUAAACUUCGUUAAUCAGAAAUAUGAGCUCAUUCCAGUUACCAAUUAUCGACUUGGACAAGGCAAAAACGGACAAGAAAGCAGUUGCCGACCAGGUUGUUGAUGCCUUAGAAAAUGUAGGUUUCCUCUACAUUGACAACAUACACGGUAUAGACUUUGACAAACUGAUGGAGUGUUGCAAGUGGUUCUUUGGUCUUCCUAAAGAAAAGAAGGAACUCAUGAUGAGAAAGCACUGGAAGCCAGAAAAUAAGAACGUUUAUCGCGGAUAUUUUCCAGUUGUCGAAGGAGAACCGAGCAGAAAGGAGGGUUUCGAGUUUGGUCGAGAUAUUGAUCCGAAUGAUCCAACAGUGGCACCUGGAAAUUGGUUUUAUGAACCUUCUGUGUGGCCAGAAGAAGAUGGCACUUUCCCAUUUAAGGAGUUUAUGUCGCACUGUUAUAAUGUCGUUCAUAACGCAGGAUUAGACAUUCUUCGACUUGCUGCCGUCGGACUUGGCAUUGAUGAGUAUGCUUUUGAUGAAAUCUUUGCUGACCGUCCAGUGUCGACGUUCCGACUGAUGCACUAUCCACCCUGGGACGGGGCGCCGCCACCGAACGCAAGGAUAGAAGAUGGAAAGGUUGUGACAACACCUGACCAUACGGAUUCGAAUUUCCUCACGCUGCUGUAUACAUUUGAUUACAAAGGUCUUGAAGUAAUCACUGCCGACGGAAAAUGGAGCCCAGUGGAACCAAGACCUAAGAGUUUUGUUAUGAAUAUAGGUGAUGUGUUCUCUCGAAUGAUGGGAGGCCGGUUUAAAGCAACACAUCAUAGGGUUCUGGAUAUCGGUGUUGAUCGUUAUUCUGUUCCUUUCUUUAUGGAACCUUCUUACGAUGGUGAUAUAGGAGAAAAUUUCAUGUCAAAAGCGACAGGUAAAGGACCGGAACAUAAAGUGGAAGCAUACGGGCCAUGGAUGAUUAAGCAAGUUAAAUACAUAAAGAAAUACUUUGAAUAUAAAGUUCUUCCCGAGUUUUAGGUUUAUAAAAUUGAAAUUGACAACGGUACUAUUGGUUACGCUAAAAUUGUUUUCGCUCUUACCUACUUAGUAUCUUUGAAUGCGAAUUGGGGAAAAAUAUAUUCUUAUGACAUUAGGUUGCUGCCUUGGUAAAGUUUUACGAUUUACUAGGAAAGGUCUGAC